CCUUUGGAACUGUUCCCAGCUUGCCUAUUCCUUCUUGCAAACAGAAAGGAAAAGAAAGGGUAGCCGGAGUAUUUUUCUUUUUCUUUUUACUUCCUUUUGCAGCAUACACACACAAAAAAGCAGCUCCGGUGGCGAAAGGAUUUUGGUUUUAGCCUAAAUAAAAUACCCCCUCUUCCUUCUCUGUUAUGCUCUCUGUACAGGGUUCAGUCGAGUUUUGCAAAGCCAAAAGAAGAUGAGAUCAUGCCCUGCCACUGCGGAGAAGGUGUCUUAACAACUGUUUGUUGGAGGGGAGUGCGAGAAAUUGCAGAUUUAAGAAAACCAGUAAUAAAAUAAAAGAGGAGCAAGGGAGACAAGUGAGGAAAUGGAAUUGCCAGCGUCUCCAGAAAAAUGCCAAGAGAGUGAAAUCAGCGGUUGUCUUCCCAAAGAUUCUCCGCCCUUGAGUCAGCAAGGAGAAAAUGAGCCCCAAAACUUCAUCAGGGGUAUCAGAGAAGCGCUGAGCUUCAGGGGAAAGGCAUCAAAAUUGGCCAAAGAGAAACUGGUUGAAGCUAAAAUGGAUGGAGAUAAAACAGAAAUAAGCGGGAGGAAUGGGAAAUUGGAAAAGCCAUCGCAGCCGGAGUCUCCAGCGGAAAGUGCGGAAAGUGAAAGUCUACACUGCCCUCCCGAAGACUGUCCACCCUUGUAUAAACAAGGAGAAAACGAGCCAAAAAACUUCAUCAGGGGUAUCGGAGAAGUGCUGAGCUUCAGGAAACGACGAUCGAAAAGUCUCAAAGAGAAAUUAAGUGACACUAACAUGGAUGGGUAUAGAACAGAAGCAAGAGAGACUGAUGGGGAAAUGGAGCUGGCGUCAGAACCAAAGUCUCCUGCAAAAUGCACGGACGGUGGAGAGGCAUCGAAAUCUGCCGAAGAGAAAUCUACUGAAGUCAACGUGGGUGAAGACAAGACAGAAAUAAGGGAGGCGGACGGGAAAAUGGAGCUGCCAUCAGAGCCAAAGUCUCUGGCAAAACAUACGGAGGGGAGUGAAGAUGGCAAUUGCCUUCCCAAAGAAAAGGAGCCCCAAAACAUCAAUAGGGGCCUGAAAAUAAGAGGGAACUUGAGGAAAGGUAGAUCAAAAUCUCUCAAAGAGAAAUCGGUUGAACCUAAACUGCAUGAAACUAAAGCAGAAAUAAGGGAGAAGGAGGAACAGGAGGAGGAGAAGAAAAUGGAGCUCCCAGACCCUUCAGUGAACUACACAGAAAGAGAAGGUUAUCUGCACCUGAGUCAUCAAGGAGAAGACGAGCCAAAGAAAUUCAAACGAUGGAGCUUGAUAGGAAGUGCAUCAAAAUCUGUCAAAGAGCAAUCGGCUGAAGAAGUGGACCCUUCCAGGUCCAGCACGCGUCUUUCAUUCUUAAAGAAAAUAAAGACCAGGCUUCCAAAGGAGAGUAAGGAGCCAGAAGAAGAAGAAGACCAUGUUCAGAAAGAACCACUGUCUGUUAUGCAGAUAAAUGAACUUAUUAAAAACAAGCAACUUCUAGAAGCCUUCGAAAACAUCAAGGGUUUAGAAAGGGAGCUUCUGGCUGAAAUUGAUGCCAGGAAAUAUGAAGACAACCCCAAGGAAUGCAUUGUGAAGGCCAAGGACGUUGACUUGCUCUACGACUCUGUUUCUAAGGCCAUCCAGCACAUCGUGGAGGAAACCCUGGAGCUUCCCAGGGUAAAUGCAAAGGCUUUAAACACUCUUGUGACUCUGAUUGCAGAGGAAGAAAAAGCCCACGCUGGGGCUACAAGCAUCGCCGCCCCAUCCGAGGCUGUGUCCCACCUUGGGUUAGCCAGGAACUGGAGGCAGCUUUGGGAAGACGCUGUCAAGCAAAGUGUGGAAAUCAGGGUCUCAAAAGUGCCUGUGCCACUGAAGGAGGACAACGCCUCUUGGCUGUCUAUACACUUAGGAUAUCUCAAAGAAGUCAUAAGAAAUGAUUUGUUGACAAUCAAACACUGGGUACACAAAUGCUAUCCCCCAGACUACAGUGUGGGCGAUGUAUACCUGAAGGCUUUCCACGAAGCUGUCUCUUCACAUUUACGAACCAUCCUGGAAGAAGAUGAGAGCCUGGGAUACAAUCAAUUCUAUGCAGUACUCAACUGGGUCACUAAUGUAUACUGCAGUGAAAAUCUCUUAGGAUGCCCAGACCUUAAACCAGAAAUAAAAACUGAAGCUCUGCCGGAUUUGUUAACUUCAGAAGAUUUAGACAAACUGAAGAGCAACUACGUUAACUCUGUCCAGCAGGAAAUCAAGAACUGCUUGGAGAAUAUUUUGACGCUCGAGACCAAGGAAAAGUGGAAAGGACAGCCAGAUGAGCGGAAAAACCAAUACGAUUCAUUGCUGUCCUACGAUAUUCAAACGCUCGCCAUACAACACAGAAAGGUAGCUGGCUGCAUUUGCGAAAAAGUAGAAGCCGCCGUUCUCAAAGGUAUCGUGAAAGAAGUGACAGAAUUCCUACCACGCUUUGGAAAAGCAUUUCUGGACCAAGCGAAAGAUCACCCCCAGUUUCUGAUGUUCAUGAUGGCCUACCUGAACAGCUUCCAUGACUUGAGGAUGAACUUGCAAGCCACUUUUUACAUCAACUGCGAAGAACUGGAGAAGACCCUGGCUGGUCUGAUGCUGAGAUACAGGAAAUGCUUUUUAAAUAAAUUAAAGCUGGAAACACAGCCAAUGUUCAAGAAAAUUCUAAGCCAGGCGUGGGUUGUAAGUGGCGGAACUUUUGAUUCGUUCAUCAUGAAAAUAUUGUCCAUUAUUGAGGAGUCUUCGGAACAUCUAAAGCAUUUGAAGGAACCCGUUUGCAAGGAUUUUCUCAAUGAAGUUCACAAGGAUGUGGUCAAAGAGUACAUCACGCAAACACUCAAGCCAAGAGGCAGAAUGAGGAAAACGAAACGGAACGAGGUCAGCAAAAUAAUGAAUCAAGAUGCCACAGCUAUAAACAAUACAAUGCAGCACCUGGGUUCCACUUCUGACUGGCUCACUCCUGCCAUAGAAGACAUUGCUAGAAUAAUUGGCGAGGAAGAAAAACCCAGAAUCAAUGACCACAUUAACCGCUUAUACCAGGAUUAUCCAGACAUCAGAAAGGAGCACAUUGUUGCUGUUCUGGCUCUCCGAGGAUUGAGUCGAAAUAAGAGGCGAGCGAUAGCUGACCACAUGAAGCAGCCAUCAGAAGAGUUAGGACACAGGACGCUCUUUGCUGAAAUAGAAGUCCCAAGAACCACCCAGUGCUUUUUUUAAAAUCUGCAGAAAUGAAAUGUUGAGCUAUGCUUGUUCCCAUGUAUUUAUGAACAUACAAACACUUGAACAGAGUCGGGCCAUUUGUCAAUCUAUUUGUGGCUCUCCACAUCUUGCUCCUUAAUGAUCCUCUUAGCAGGAGACGCCUGGGAUGAGUCUCAGAAGAUUAUAUACUUGCUAAAAAAUGGACACUACUUAAAAAUGGAAAGUGUAAUGCUGGUGGUCAACAAAAGAGGUCUAAAGAAUCACUCAAGGGAAAUCUUAAAAAAUGUAGUAGAAACACUGACAACUGGAAAACACUGGCCUGUGAGUGCUCCAAUUGGAGAACAGCCUUUACCAAAGGUGUCAUGGACUUUGAAGAUGCUCAAACUCAGGAUGAAAGGGAGAAACAUGCUAAGAAGAAAGGAUGUUUGGCAAGCCCUUACCGCAAUCAACUCCUGCCCAGAAACCUAUGUCCCCACUGUGAAAGGACGUGUGGAUCCAGAAUUGGCCUCCACAGCCACAGACUAUCUAUGGAGACCAUGUUCAUGGAAGACAAUCUUACUCAGCUAUGAGUGAUCUCCAAAGAAGAAGAAGACUACCUCUGAGCUAUAGUCUCUCUCCAAUUUAAUAAUGAGAAGGUCUUCUCUCCUUACUUUAUUUAUAGAUCUGUUUGCCUGUCCUCUUUCAGGUGUGGGAAACCCAGGGCCGUCUCAAGCAUAUCGGGCACCCAAGCACCGUGGUGCGGCGAUUCCCUCCGGCGCUCCCCCCCUGCCCUGUUUCCAGCCCACAAGUCAACUUCUUCCCUGCAGGGGUCCCAGUUUAGCACACCAGAUCAUUCCCUGCAAACCACAGCUGCCUACCCUACACCUGAUGUGGGGCAGGUGGGUGUGGUUUCAAAGGCACAACUGGGAGAUUAACAUGAGCUUCCUAUUACUCCUUUGCUAGAGGAAAGCACAUUCCCAUCGCCCAACAGAUAAUUCUUAAUUUUAGAAGGGUUUUUAGAAAAGCGGGAGUGCCUUCAAAUAUGCCCAUCAAUCAUGUCAGGGGACUGAAAGAUGGAUGACCUCACCCAUAUAUCAGAUUUGAUCCAUGGAAUACUCUCCCCAGGGAAGUUUGCCUGGCACCUUCAUUACACACCUUUCGGAGUCUGGUGAAAACUAACUUCCUAUAUCUAUUUAAAUGUGUUUGAUGGAGGGGGGCGGUAUUGGUUUGAUUUGGUCUUGUUCUUGUUUUCAUUCUGUAGUUUGUGCUUUUAUCUUGUAAUUUUUUUAUGCUGUGAACUGCCCUGAGAUAUAUGGAUGAAGGGAGUACAAAUUAAUUAAAGAAGGGGAGAUGAUAUGGAGAAUUUGACUAAAAGCAUAGCCCCACUCCCAAGAAAUCAUGGCCACACCCGACACGUGACUAGAAUUAAUAUGACACAGACAUUCCCCAAAAGAAAACAAAGAAGAUCUGUUGGCGACCAGCUGUCACACGUCAAACACCACAACAGACCUUCUCAUCACUUGAUUUUCCUCCUGAUACCAUACUUUUCAGAAGAGGAAGUUCAGCCAGUUUUUGUUUUUUUAAUAGUUCAGUCAAGUGAUACAAAUCUCACCUCUCACCUCAGAGUGGAUGUACAGCAGGCCUAAUAACAUCAGCAUUCACAUCUUUUGCCUUAGCCCAGCCCCACUGUUGAGCCUUUGCCUUAGAAAACAUGUCUGCCUCAAGGAGUUUCCAUUUCAAUAUCCCACAAUGCCUUGGAGGGGUGCUAUGUUGAGGGCAUUGUGUGGAAUUUAAAAGGUGGUUUCUGUUUAAAAUGGAAACUGCUAGAGCUGCCACCAAGUAAGUCAGAAAGGGCAGAGGAGAAUCACCAAACAUCAUUGGUUUGGUGAUUCAGUUCCUAUUUAAAUACCUCAUUUGUGCUUUCUGAAACAAUACAAAACUGAAAUGCAGCCAUGCUUUGAAAUUCACACUCCUACGAAUUGUGCAAUGCAGUUCUCCAGUAAAUUUCAUAUCGGCUUUCCACAGCUUUCCCCAAGAGUUCAUUUCUAUAUUAUUGAAACCAGUCCAAUACAUACAAAUUCUACUUUUCAAGCCACAGGACCACAGACAU